ACAGAAAGAGCUAGCUAUGGAGUUGGUCUAUGUUUAAGCGAGUUCGCUCGAAAUUGACUUAUUUUGAUUUAGUAUCAUCUCGUUUAUAGUUCAGAAGCAAUGUUUUUUCUUUUUCUUUUUUAGAUGUUCAGAAGCAAUGUUACUACUGAGCAAACGAGUCGAGCCAAUUGACACAGGUCUAGAAUUGAAUGUGUAUGCAAUGUAGUCUAGUUUGUAUCUGUGAUUCUGUGAUAUGUGCGUGUCAGAGGUAAGAACUCAGACCUGGAUACGGAGUAGGUGACAAAAGAAGAGAGGGUGGAGAAUGGAGACAAAGAAACGCAAGCCUCUAGUCUAAUAAGGUGGGCGUCGCCAUCGGGAAACCGAGGCCACAGGAUUACCUACCCUUCUCCGAAAUCUCUCUCGUGUUGCUGCGUCUUCUCCCCCUCAUCUUCUUCUCCAGCCUCCAGCUAGGCCAUGGCUUCCACCGUCUCCUUCUCCCCCGCCAAUGUUCAGAUGCUCCAGGCUAGGAGCGGCCACGGCCAUGCGGCCUUUGGGAGCUGUUCCGCUGUUCCAAGAACCGGGUCAAGGCUGCGCUCCACGGCCGUCAGGGUCAGCAGCGAGCAGGAGGCCCCGGUGGCCGUCAGGGCGCCGUCCGGGAGGACCAUCGAGGAGUGCGAGGCCGACGCCGUCGCUGGGAAAUUCCCUGCUCCCCCGCCGUUGGUCAGACCAAAGGCCCCUGAAGGAACACCGGAGAUCAGACCCCUUGACAUGACAAAGCGCCCUCGUCGCAACCGGAAAUCACCUGCUCUUAGGGCCGCGUUCCAGGAGACAAGCAUCUCACCUGCCAAUUUUGUGCUCCCAUUGUUUAUCCAUGAAGGAGAAGAUGAUGCUCCUAUUGGAGCUAUGCCGGGGUGCUAUAGGCUUGGGUGGAGGCACGGGCUUCUUGAUGAGGUUUACAAGGCACGCGAUGUUGGUGUUAACAGCUUCGUGCUCUUUCCAAAAGUUCCUGAUGCAUUGAAGUCUCCAACAGGAGAUGAGGCAUACAAUGAUAAUGGUCUGGUUCCACGAACAAUCCGGUUGCUCAAGGAUAAGUUCCCUGAUAUUGUUAUCUACACAGAUGUCGCGUUGGACCCUUAUUCAUCUGAUGGCCAUGAUGGUAUCGUGAGGGAAGAUGGAGUAAUUAUGAAUGAUGAAACAGUUUAUCAGCUGUGCAAGCAGGCAGUUUCACAGGCUCGUGCUGGUGCUGAUGUCGUGAGCCCUAGUGAUAUGAUGGAUGGCCGCGUUGGAGCACUCCGUGCUGCUCUGGAUGCCGAGGGUUUCCAUGAUGUCUCAAUUAUGUCCUACACUGCAAAGUAUGCUAGUUCAUUUUAUGGUCCCUUCCGAGAAGCUUUAGAUUCAAAUCCACGUUUUGGAGAUAAGAGGACUUAUCAGAUGAACCCAGCCAACUACAGAGAAGCCCUCCUUGAAACUGCAGCAGAUGAGGCAGAAGGAGCUGAUAUUCUUCUAGUGAAACCCGGAUUACCAUACUUGGAUGUGAUUCGACUUCUUCGGGAUAAUUCAGCGUUGCCGAUUGCUGCUUACCAGGUUUCCGGUGAGUAUUCCAUGAUCAAAGCUGGCGGAGCCCUGGGCAUGAUCGACGAGCAGAAGGUGAUGAUGGAGUCGCUCAUGUGCUUGAGGCGAGCCGGCGCUGACAUCAUCCUGACGUACUUCGCCCGUCAGGCUGCCACCGUCCUGUGCGGCAUGAGUUCGAAGUAAAUCAACUCUGGACACGCUGAGGAGCUGAUCAAGCCGGCCACCAUUCUUGGCGUUGCGUGCCACGCGACAUGGUGAGACGAGGCUGGUUUUGCUGUUGCUUGCUGCAUCAUUUGUGUAGUUCAAUUGAUUAGUACUAGCUUGCAAAUAGUUUGCGAGGAUGAUUUUGACUCCAACUCUCCGAGGCCUUCAAUAAUCCGUGAAUGAUUUGCCAGGGAAUAGUUAUGCAAAAAUCUACAAAUUUUUUCAGUUUUUUUACUAACCUCCCUAUUGCUGAACAAGUACCAACCACUCGAUCAAUUGAUGAAUCAAAGUUGAUGAACUUUAUUGUUAUC